AAGUUGGCUUCGAUGUGAAAGAAAUUCAGAAAUUGAAUCUGGACACCGACUGGACCAAGGAAUAGCGAGUGUUUAUCGUUCGGCAGCAAUUUUAAGUCUGGAGGAGGUGGCGAGAAGAGGGGGCAAGUGUGGAAGGAAUACGCGUGACUGAGAGAAAUGGAAAAGGAGGAGAACACGGCUGUAGAUGGAAUUCGGGGGUCGGUGGAUCAGCAGAUGGCCCCCUCUAUGAACCACAACCAUGAUAACAGUGGCAGCGACGAGCUAGUUAGCUCAGUGUCACUGUAUCGACGGAGGCCUAGGCUUUUCCACGGCACAGUACUUCCAUUCAUAACAGUUCUUUACCCGGGCUGGCUUUAUGUAUGGUUAGGGAUAUAUGGGGUUGAGGACUAUCCCGAGCCUGGCCUGCUCGCACUUGCCGCCAUCGGUAUAGCGCACGUUCUGACGGUACUGUCUGGUUAUUGGUCAGUGCACGCACACUGUUUUCUCACCUGCGCGAAGGAACCAGAUCCAGAAAAGGCCACUUUGGCCAAAGUAAUACCCACGCCAAACAAUGGCUCUGCAGAGCUUGUGCCUUUGCAACGGGACCAGGAUGAGAAUGAAGAGGGCGUCCUCUCUUUCGAGUUCCAGAAAAUCAGGUACGUGUUUGACGGCAAGGAAAAGAAGCGUUUCCUCCCCGUGGCCUUCCCAGUGGACCAGUCCAUGGGCUUCUUCCAGGCCUGGAGAGGCUACCAGGAGGAGGCCGACCUGCGCGCCGCCGAGAAGCGCUAUGGGACCAACCGUGCCGAGAUGGUGGUGCCAGACUUUCUGGAGCUCUUCAAGGAGAGGGCCACCGCUCCCUUUUUCGUCUUCCAGGUGUUUUGCGUGGGCCUGUGGUGUCUGGAUGAGUACUGGUACUACAGCGUCUUCACCCUCUUCAUGCUGGUGGCCUUUGAGGCGUCACUCGUCCAGCAGCAGAUGAGAAACAUGUCUGAGAUCCGCCGCAUGGGAAACAAACCUUACAUGAUUCAGGUUUAUAGAAAUAGAAAAUGGCGUCCAAUUUCAAGCGAUGAACUUGUCCCUGGUGACAUUGUAUCAAUAGGACGUUCUCCACAGGACAACCUAGUGCCCUGCGAUGUUCUUCUCCUCCGCGGCCGCUGCAUUGUAGACGAGGCCAUGUUAACAGGAGAGUCCGUGCCACAGAUGAAAGAGCCCGUGGAGGAUUUGGACCCAGAUAGGUACCUGGACCUGCAGUCAGAUUCACGUCUCCACGUGAUCUCCGGAGGGACAAAAGUGGUGCAACACAGCCCCCCACUCAAAGCCACCGCCGGUCUUAAACCUGUGGACAAUGGAUGCGUAGCGUAUGUUCUAAGAACAGGAUUCUACACUUCUCAGGGGAAACUUUUGAGGACCAUAUUAUUUGGAGUGAAGAGGGUCACAGCCAACAACCUGGAGACCUUCAUCUUCAUCCUCUUCCUCCUGGUGUUUGCCAUCGCUGCGGCUGCGUACGUCUGGGUGGAGGGCACCAAGGAUCUCAGCCGCAACCGGUACAAGCUGUUCCUGGAGUGCACGCUCAUCCUGACUUCUGUGGUGCCACCUGAGCUUCCUAUAGAGCUGUCACUAGCUGUGAACACUUCGCUCAUUGCCUUGGCCAAGCUCUAUGUGUUCUGCACUGAGCCCUUUAGGAUACCUUUCGCUGGGAAGGUAGAGGUCUGCUGCUUUGACAAGACUGGCACUUUGACAAGUGACAGCUUGGUGGUCAGAGGCGUGGCUGGACUAAGAGAGGGGAUGGAGGUGAUGCCGGUGUCGGAGAUCCCCGUGGAGACGCAUCGGGUGGUGGCCACGUGUCACUCGCUGGUCACCCUUGACGACGGGCAGCUGGUGGGAGACCCGCUGGAGAAGGCCAUGCUGACCGCAGCAGACUGGAGCCUCACAAAAGAUGAGAAGGUGUUUGCGCGGGGCAUCAAGACCCCGGGGCUGAAGAUCCACCAGCGCUUCCACUUCGCCAGUGCCCUGAAGAGGAUGUCUGUGCUGGCCUCGUACGAGAGGCUGGGCUCCACUGAGCUGUGCUACAUCUCCACCGUCAAAGGAGCCCCGGAGACCCUCAGGGGAAUGUUCUCAGAGUGCCCGGCCAGCUAUGAUGAAGUGCACAAGGCUAUGUCUCGAGAAGGGGCCCGCGUGCUGGCUCUGGGAUACAAGGAGAUUGGACACCUCAGCCAUCAGCAGGUGAGGGAGAUCACGCGUGAUGCUCUAGAGUGUGACCUGCACUUCGCCGGCUUCAUGGUGGUGUCGUGCCCCCUGAAGACCGACAGCCGCACCGUCAUCAGGGAGAUCCAGGAAGCCUCACAUCACGUGGUGAUGAUCACAGGAGACAAUCCACUGACAGCAUGCCACGUUGCCCGAGAACUGAACUUCAUCCAGAAGCCGCACACCCUCAUACUGCAGGGAGGCCCUAACCCAGGUGAUUGGCAGUGGGAGUCCAUAGACGGCUCGGUGCACGUGGCGCUGUCCCCUCCCUCCGUGCCUGAGUUUGUGACGCAGUACGACCUGUGUGUGACGGGCGAGGGACUGGCCAGGCUCACCUACAACACCAAGCUGCUCCACGCCCUGCUGCCUCACGUACAGGUCUUCGCACGAGUCAACCCCAAACAAAAGGAGUUUGUGAUCACCAGCCUGAAGGGACUGGGCUUUGUCACUCUCAUGUGUGGAGAUGGGACGAAUGACGUUGGCGCACUCAAACAUGCCCACAUUGGAGUGGCGUUGCUGGCUAACGCUCCAGAGCGGAUCCCGGAGAGGAGGAAGCGCGGGAAGGAGAAGGAGGCAGCAUCCAGUGAUGCCAGCAGGCCCACGCCACCCGUACUGAGCUCCGGAGCCAAGCUCAGCUCCCGAGCAGCCCGCCACAGAGUCAUGGCACAGAGGGAGGAACAGCUUGCCGCUCAGAAGGAGAGGAUCAGCCAGGUGCUGAGAGAGCUGGAGGAAGACCAGGUCCAAGUAGUAAAACUGGGAGACGCCUCCAUCGCUGCACCCUUUACCUCGAAACUGUCAUCUAUCCAGUGCAUCUGCCAUGUGAUAAAGCAGGGCCGCUGCACCCUGGUCACCACGCUGCAGAUGUUCAAGAUCCUGGCCCUCAACGCGCUGGUGUUGGCCUACAGCCAGUCGGUGCUCUACCUGGAGGGCGUCAAGUUCAGCGACUUCCAGGCCACGCUGCAGGGGCUGCUCCUGGCCGGCUGCUUCCUCUUCAUCUCCAGGUCAAAGCCUUUGAAAACCCUUUCGAAAGAGCGGCCCUUGCCCAACAUCUUCAACCUGUACACGGUGCUGACGGUGUUGCUGCAGUUUGCUGUUCACUUCUGCAGUCUGGUAUAUCUGUACAAGGGGGCGCAGAGCAGGAGUCCACCCAGAGCAGAGCAGUUUGUGGACCUCUACAAGGAGUUUGAGCCCAGCUUAAUAAACAGCACUGUCUACAUCAUGUCCAUGGCCAUGCAGAUGGCUACGUUUGCCAUUAACUACAAGGGCCACCCUUUCAUGGAGUCCCUCAGCGAGAACCGGCCGUUGAUGUGGAGCAUCUUCCUGUCAGGCUUCGCCAUCGUGGGAUUACUGACUGGAUCUUCACCUGAAUUCAAUGAGCAGUUUGCUCUUGUCGAUAUCCCCACAGAAUUCAAGAUGGUGAUUGCCCAAGUUCUUGUUGUGGACUUUGUUGCUGCUCUGCUGGUGGAUAGAGUUCUGCAGUUUCUCCUGGGAAAAGGAACCCUGAGGUUGCCUUCCUGAAUUAUGAUGCCAACAGUCGCCCCGAGCAACCGCUGCCCUUAGCAACCUGGCCAUCUUGGAGAGGACGGCCGGUAGAGACGUCUGCAACACGCACAGGAGAUCUGAGAUGGACAGGCGUGACAUUUAAUGCUGAACACUCCUCCGUUUCCCUCUUCUGUCAUGGCUCUUUCUUUUUUUUCAUUAUUCUGUUGCCCCCUCUAUGGUCUCUGCUCCUGAUGCUAUCAUCCCUCCCUCUUUCCCUUUCUAUCAUGUAAAGCCUCAUCCGUUGCUUCCUUGCUCACCUCUCCCGUGGAAGGCGAAGAAGACGGCAGUAUUGUGUGGAGUGAGAGUGUGUUUUUAUGUGUUCGGACUCGCGCACACAUGACAGGGGCGUUCUCCAAGAGAAUUACAAAGUGUUCUAAUUUUUUCUCCAUUUUGUAAAAAGACAGAAAUCUGAUGACUUAUAAAGACCAAAAAUGUCA